UGGACUUGCAAUUGUAGUUGACUUUAUCUCGCCUUUCUAUGCCAACUUUGGACUGUGCAGUGAGAAGAGAUGGGUUGAAACAAAAAUCAAAGAUUUCCAUGCACAUGUAAAAGAGUUUCUGAAAAAGAGUACAGAUUAUACAAGUUAGGACAAGUCAUGCUAAAACAAAAUCCUGCGUAUGUAAUCACUCUCGACAAUUUCUAGUAUUAUCUACUUCAACUUCAACUGAGCCAGUAAUCAUUUUACAACCCUAAAAUAUAUUUUUUUGGGGAAAUUGUGAAGCAAGAAAAAAUAUUCGAAAAAAAAGUUGCUUUUGGAACUAGGUUUAAAGAAUCCUCUUGGCGUGGUUAGAGUAGAAUCUUUGACUAAAUAUCGAGAAUAGUUUCAAAGCGAGUUGAGCUCUCGAGCAAACUCAUGUCUGUCAGAAACAUAACCCUGCCGGGGGAGCUGCCUGGUCUGGUCGGGCCUGAGGUGAAGCGAGUGUUCGUGGUCAUGAAUCUGGUCGUCCUCAGUCAGAUCGUCUGUACGUUUGGCAUCGGUGCUAACAUUGUCAAUAUGGUCAUAUUCAAGAAGCACGGUUUCGAUGACACGGUCAACAUCAGUCUUUUCUCUCUGGCGAUCAGUGACUUUGGGGCUCUGAUCACACAGCAGUGGUUCAUCAUCUGUCUGAACCCGUGGUUCGAGAACUCAGACAUCCCUUUCAGUUCCAUGGAGAUUCAGAGUUUAACAGCAGGAUACCCUCACAGGUAUUUUGUGAAAACCGCAGCCUGGAUUACGGCAUUCGUUACCUUUGAGCGAAGUCUUUGUGUUGCUCUACCUCUGAAAGUGAAAUCUCUGAUCACCCGCAAGGUUGCCUUUGCAUUUAACGUCGGCAUUUAUCUCUUCAUGACACUCACCAUGUAUCCUCUCUACAGCACGACGUAUUUCGGCUGGAAGUUUUAUCCAAAGAGAAACAGAACUCUGCUGGGGAUGAAAUACACCCCUGACAGGAAGGAGAUCUUUGAGAGAUGGCUCUUUCUCUCCGACUUCUGCGUUCCGCUUAUCGCAUUUAUCGUCGUCAUCCUUUGCACUUUCAUCAUCGCAGUCAAACUGAAGAGCAAAGCGAAAUGGCGGAAGACAGCCUCUGGAUCGGCAACCACCUCCAACGAGAUUUCCGCCAAGGACAGAAAAGUAGUUAUUAUGAUUAGCGUAAUUUCUGGUAUUUUCAUCUUCUGCUUCACACCGAUCAGCGCCAUUUUGGCCGCUCGGUCCAUUGUGCCUGACCUGAACAUCAUUGGUCGUUACGCCAACAUAAACUGGGUGUGUGCCAGCCUGGGCAUGCUGGCGGAGACGGUCAACUCUAGUGUCAACGCCCUGGUCUACUACAAGAUGAGCACCAAGUACAGGGACACGUUCAGACAGAUGUUCAACUCGUGCUGUAAGUUUCAGGGAAAGACGGACGACUUAAAGUGAAAUAGUAGCUGCAUGUUUUAUGGUGAUAAAUCGGUACAUAAUUUUAUCUUUUAAUACCCCAACCGCUCCACCUUUUGAAAGAUCUGUUAUAAGCAAAUUUUGUUUUGAUGUUUAAACUAUAGAAAACCUAUGCGGGUUCUCGGAGCUCCCUUGCAGACGACAUAACAGAAGCUAUCCCAAACUUUCCGUCCACGAUACAUCAAAAUCUAUAGCAACACCAGACGCCUUGCGAUUUUUCAAAAGACUGUACCCCGCUUUCAGAGACUGCUUUGGUAUUAUGAACCAUGUGGCAACAUGGACUUCCACUCUGCAGGGAGCUUUUAAAAUCUCAAGUCAGACACUUUGCUGAAAACGAUAAGGUGACUAACACAGUUUGCAGCCUGUUGGGUUCAACAGCGGAGGCAUUGCGAAGUUGAAGUGAGAAAUUGACCUCAACACACGUCCUUCUGCUAAGACAGAGAAGGAUCACCCCGCCUUUCAUUUCGAAUCUUGACCUCAAAAGCAUAAGUUCGUUUUCCCAAGAAUUGGCCUCAAACACUCCUCUAGUUGUGAGUUCGCUUUCCUGUUUCCAUUUUUAGGAGAUGACUGUGGACGUUUUCUUUGAUUCAGCAAAGAAAGCAGCAAGAAACAUAUUCAGGUGUGAUGGGUCUUCCAAUUUCAGUAAAGGACAUAAAGUGUCUUUGGGCGGGCCAAAACAAAUGUGACUUCAUAGAGGAUUGGAACGUAUGAAAUAUAAAUAUUAGAAAGGAACGGUCUGUAAUCUAAAGUAAGGAGAGUGAAAGAAGUAUAAUUCAUAAUUCGUUUUGUUUGGUUAUUUUUAUCACGUGGCAUCUUGGCCCACAUCAAAUAUCACAACAAAGUUUCAUGGUCCUUUUUACAAAUUCUUGAGUCGUCAAGUGCUUACUUGAGCAGUGUUUUAAAAUAAAAUACAGCUCGUUUCUGUUUCAUAGUCUUGAUCCUAAUAAACUUUACAACAAUUAAAUGUCACGGAGAUAGUGUAGUGUUUUUAUAUCUCCACAAUAAUAACGCUUUGCACCAGAACUUGUUUCGUAGAGUAUUGUGCUACAAAGUGCUUUUGAUUUCCUACAUCUCAGUUGAUCAAAACUUCACCGGAAACUGGCGGACAUACUAAAUAUAAUAAUGGUAUUACUAUAGUGACGACAUUGCAGUUACUUCUUUUGCCGCGAAGUUCUAAAAUUAAAACAAUAUUUCGGCAGUCUGUUGUCUUUCCUUUUUCAUUACUUCUAACCAGUACGUCCCUUGGUUGAUUGAAAUAUCACAUUCACAGGGUGCCUUCCUUCGUCAUUUGCCCAAGCACAUUAUUUUCACACUUGUUGUGAGCAUCCCAUGUAUGAUCAUAUAUAUAUAUAUACAUGUAUAUAUACAGAGAGAGAGCGAGAAAGAGAGA